GGCUCUGAGCGCGGGGCCCGACGGUCCGGAAAGCUGGAGCGGCUGCUGCUGGCGGGGGAACAUGUCGGAGUCAGAGCUCGGCCGGAAGUGGGACCGGUGCUUGGCGGACGCCGUCGUGAAGAUAGGUACUGGCUUUGGAUUAGGACUUGUUUUCUCACUUACCUUCUUUAAAAGAAGGACGUGGCCGUUGGCCUUCGGCUCUGGAAUGGGGUUCGGGAUGGCUUACUCCAACUGCCAGCACGACCUCCAGGCGCCGUACCUUCUGCAUGGAAAGUAUGUCAAAGAGCAGGAGCAGUGACUCACACCUGAGAAACACCCCAGUGGGAGGGCAGGAGAAACCGCGUCUAUUCCUCAGGAACACUGAAGCGCCCCGGAGUGAGCCGGCACUCUCCGUAACCGUGUCACCAGUAAUGCUUUCAACUCCAGCACACUGUGUACGUGUUUGAAACCAAGUCUGUUUCUUGUUUUGUAUUUUCUCUCUGGAAAUUGCAAGGAGAUGGUCUUAAAAUAAAUAAAUUAAACUAAAAUCGGCA